AUGGUAAGUAUUGUUAGAGUUUUUAUAGCAGGGUUAAUUGUAGUUUACAGAGGCUUAUCUUACUCUCAGUAAAAGUAAAACUUUACUAUUAAAAGUUACUGUACGACAAUUACAAGUUUAUUAAUACUGUUACAGUACUGGUAAACAUUAAUUAAGUAAUGAGGUAUUACUGUAUUUUUGUUGCUUACUGUAACCUUUAUAGCUGGGCUUUCUACAUGCUUGUCUUGAAAGCAUGGUCAUACGGUACAAUGGAGCCGAUGUCUACAAACAAGUACUGUAAGUUACCGUCUAACCUUUUCAAUAGUCAUUUCAGGAAAACGGCUGGAUACGACAGUGAGGUAGAAUGGGAUACACGACUGGUAUACCCUGAUAACGAGACAUACCGUCUCUUCAGAGCUCUGGGUACGGUAUUGGGGCAGACUUCGGAAGAGGUGUGGGAGAACUUUGGAGUUUGGAUGUGUAUCUGGGUGGUGGAGAACGGAUGGGAGAAGUUCUUGAACUGCAUUGCUAACGACUUGCACGAGUUUCUGGAUAAUCUGUCAUCGAUGCACUUCUUCAUCGACCAAAUCGCAUUCCAAGCAGAGAUGAGGGGUCCCAGCUUUAAAUGCGAGGCCAAGGCUGACGGGUCACUUAGGUAAGAAGCUAACGCAAUAUAAGUAGGAUUACAAAAUUUGAUAAUUUUAAACUAUUUACAACCUUUAUGCAUUACAUUAACUACUGUAUUUUAGAUUGCACUACUACUCAGUACGAAAAGGCUUGUUUCCCCUAGCUAAAGGAAUGGUAAAACAAGCUGCGCGUACUUUAUUCGGAGUAGAAGUGUCUAUUGUAGUAUCGGAACGAUCGCAAGAACGACGGAACGACGUCCUCACAGAGCACGUGGUGUUUACUUUGGAGUCGGCAGAUGAUGGAAUGCCUUUGGCCAAGCCCAAUUCUUACCGCAAUGUUCUACUGCCAAAAGACAGUGUACCCAAACCGUUGGCCAUGAGUGUAGCCUGCUUCUGUCGUAUCUUCCCUACCCACGUAUGCUUCAACAAGGCCCUUAUCAUUGAACAUUGUGGAGACUUCAUCCUCAAAGAGUUCUCUGUCGCCAAGAGAAGGAUGACCAAGAUCAGUGAUCUGCUACAGUUGGUACAGCCAGACGACAUUCCGAUGACAUUCAAAGCCAUAUUGACUUAUCUCAAUUCUUUGUUCAUCUUUCAAUUCAAGGAAAGUAUGGCUAGGAAUGAGAACAGUAAAAGCGGCAAGAAAGGGUUCUUCUCUUUGAAAGGUAAAUUGCGUGGUAAAGAUGUUUACAUUUUCCUACAAGUUAUUAUAAUGGAACAUACUUUAGUUCAUGCUGAUUUAUAGACAUUUUUUACUAUAAAAUAUCACCAUUCUGCUAAAUAUACAUACGUUUUCAGGUCAGAUGAUAUUAGUGAACAAUGGAAACAGUUUACUGUACCUGAACUCUCCUCAUGUCAUCAACCCGAAGGCCCUUUUGGACUCCAACUUGUACUUAAAUGACAUGCAACGUCACGAUGCCACUCGAGAUUUGAUCAUGUUGAAUCAGACUAGGAUCACUCAACAGGAAAUCAAGUAACUUUAUCUAUGUAUGAUUCACAAUAAUAUAACUUUACAGUAAGAAGUUGGAAGAAAGUGCCAAACGACUCAGAAGGCUCUACGAAGAGUUGGACGGUAAAAAGAAGAACAUCGACGUGUUACUGUACGAAUGUAUCCCAAAUCCUGUAGCCAAUGCUCUACGGAAAGCGGAGAAAGUGAAUGCUCGUAAGUUAAUGUAACCAAACUUACUGUAGUCGUGUAGUACUCUUGUUUAAAUGAUAAUAUUGUGUUUCACAAAGUUAUAUUAGAUACAUAUACUUAUAAUAACUACAGUAACAUAUAAUGGUUUUAGAAGAAUUCACUGAUGUCACCUGUCUAUGUUCGGACAUGCCAUUCUUUUCUGUUAUGUCAUUACAUUGCAGUUCAAAUGAGACUGUCUCAAUCAUGACCGAGGUUUUUGCAAAGUUCGACCGGUUGGUGGAGUUAAAUGACGUAAGCGUAACAUAAUACUUUUAAUAUGAAUUUUGAUCUAUUCUACUUACUUUUAAACACUGGUACUCUAAAGAACUUUAUGUAUCACUAAAUCGAACAUAUAGUACCUGAAAGGUAUGUUUUAGUGUUUCAAAGUCUACACGAUUAUGGACAACUACAUGGUGAUAGGCGGUGCGCCAAAGAAGCAGUCCGACCAUGUAGAACGUAUCCUCAACUUGGCCAUAGGUAUGGUGAUCGAAGCCAAACAGAUCCGUGUGACCGAACAGCUUCUUCCCCUGAUCCUCAGAAUCGGAAUCCACUCCGGAUCUGUAGUCGGAGGUAUCAUCGGUCAUCCCAAGAUGAGAUACUGUGUCUUCUCGGAUACGGUAAAUGUUUGUAAGAGACUAACACAACAUACCGAGCCUGGCAAGAUCCUGGUUACAAAUGCGGCCAAGUUACUGGCUUUGAAGUCUGUUCACAAUAACUUUGUCUUCACUAACCGAGGAUAUUUGGGUAUCGGCAACAAUCAAGCGACAUGCACCUUCUACUUGGAGAAGAACACCAAGAAGACCGUCUGGGAGAUUAUCCAGAAACAGAGACGUAAGUCAAUUUAAAAGUAAAUAACUGUAUGUUUGAAAGUUACUGAUUUCACAUGAAAAAAUUUCAAAAACUUUAUUUCCAGCUGAAACAGCCUCUUCCAACGGUCACAUCGAGUUCGAUAACAAUGACAGUCUCAACCAAUGGAAGUCGUUGGAUGGCAGUAAAAAGGCCAAGGUCACAUUUUCGCAAACUCAGAAUAAGCCUAAACAAAAGAUGGACUUGGUGAAGAGGCUUGGCAUCUGGAAGGAAGGGGUCGAGUACUCGAAGUUGGAGAAGGAGGAGAACGACUCUGCUGCGUGCAGUAUAUUGUAG